ACUUUCUUUCUGCAAGCUCCUAUGUGAAGCUGACAACAUUUUCAAGCCAGGAAUCGCAUUUGAGAUAGUAAAUUGUUAAAGAUUAGAUCAAGGAUUACUUUCUUUCGUCUACCAAACAAACAACAUUUUCAAGCCAGGAAUCGCAUUUGAGGUAGUAAAUUGUUAAAGAUCAGACCAAGGAUUACUUCCAAUUACAAGCCAUUCCCCUCAUUGAAUUCAGUUCAGAUUUGUAAAAUGGGGAUAACCACCAGUUUUCUGAGAAUUUUCAAAGGGUUGCCUUCAGCCCGGAGAAUAGCUUUUGUAAUGGGAAAACUCUACAAGCAAUUUGUGGAUAAAGAUAUUAAGAACUUUGAGGAAUUCCACAUCGCUGUCCUUGACAUUUUCAACACACUGAACUCAGCAUUGCCUGGGAAGCAUUAUGAUGCACCCUCAAGAAAGGAAGUAGAGGCAUGUUUUGCUAGUUUGAAAGAUGUUUCAGAGGCAAAAAGAAAACAACGAUUUAUCCACUUCAUGAAGAAGAGGGUAGAUCGUUGCAGGCGAGAAGACUCCACCAUGGUCACCGGGGUGAUAACACCAGUGGCAGCCAUGGCUGCCAAGAAGGCGGCCGAGAAUGUGCCCCAGUUAGAUAUAAUCAAGGUGGUGCCAGAUGUGGUCUUUGUGCCUACAGUAACAUUGUUGGCAAUCUUCUUUGUCAAGCUGAUCAGAAUAAUUCUUCUUCGACGCAUAGCAUCUCCAUAUAUGUAAUCAAAUGCAGAAUCAGAUUAGUUAUCACUGAUGUAUUAUAUUGACAU